AAUCCCAAGGCGUUCCCAGGCCAGCUGGGAGACAUAGUCCCUCCAGCGUGUGUGUGUGCAACGGGUAGCAGUAAAAAACUGUGUGUUAACGUCACAUAAACAUGCAAGCAUAUCGAGUUAGUUUUUUUUUUUGUUUUUGUUUUUUUGGAAUGUUGGCGAGGCUGUAGCGUGAGUUUGGCGAGGCAGCGUAAUGGGCAGGAAACCCUGAAUGUUUUAAACAAAUUAUUCUGUGUUUAGUGAGUCUGUCAUAUAUGAGUUUCAAUCUCAACUGUAUGAAGGAAAAUAAUUAGACUUUCUUUCAUAAUUUGAGAAGCAUCUGCAUUUCUAGUUUGUAUUUGGCAAUUUUUACAUAGCUACAAUGAAGGAGGCAUCGUAAAAUAUUUCCUUUUGCUUCCACUGUUAGUUUCCGUGGUGGGAGUUGCUUCAGUAGAAAGUAAAGUAGGCGAGCUGAAGUUCAGCUGGAAACAAGCUGUUGAUCUGGAGCUGUUCUUGGUGCUGAACUACUAAAUCCAAUUAGCUCCCUCCCCGCCCCCAUCCUCAUGCUGUCCGUUCAUCCUCUCUUCUUCAGGCCGAUAGUUGCUGGAGCCAGGUGCUUCCUGUGUGUGCUGUGCAUAUUUGUACCCUUUGUCCUGCUCUUCAUCAACAGAACAUUGCACAGAAAUGUGGAUUUUCAGCGGCCGUCGUGUUCUUGGUAAAAAUCCCAGGUCAGCAGCCAGAGGGGAACGGAGUGGCUGGAAACUGGAAUGUCCUGGGAAGUAAUACAUUAGGCUUGUCAGAAGAUUCAGCAGAGACAUGGGUCUCAUCAGGAGUCUGAUAGCCUGAAAACGGCGAAGUGAGCUUGGUUGGCCUUAUCUAACCAUCCAACACUCUCAUCCUUUGGAAACACAGAGGCCCCAACUCACAAACACCUCUGUUAGAGUGGACCCAGCUUCCCAGGAAGAAACGGAGCCAGCCCACUCAGCAUGACAGACAGAGUGAACUUCAGCGCCCCCAAAGUCAACCCCCGGCCUGCCACGGCUCCUCUGCUCCCACCGGAACCAAUCGAUAUCAUCCGCACCAAAGCUCGAUCCCGGCGAGUCCGGCUCAAUGUGGGCGGCCUCAGUCAUGAAGUGCAGUGGAGAACACUAGACCGGCUGCCUCGCACCCGUCUGGGUCGACUAAGAGACUGCAACACCCAUGAGUCUCUGCUAGAGAUUUGUGAUGACUACAGUUUGAGUGAGAAUGAAUAUUUCUUUGACAGGCAUCCAAUGGCGUUCUCCUCCAUCCUCAAUUUCUACAGAACAGGGAAGCUGCACAUGAUGGAGGAGAUGUGCGCUUUGUCCUUUGGCCAGGAGCUAGACUACUGGGGAAUUGAUGAGAUCUACCUGGAGUCCUGCUGCCAGGCGCGGUAUCACCAGAAGAAGGAGCAGAUGAAUGAGGAGCUGAGGAGGGAGGCUGAGACACUGAGAGACAAGGACGGAGAAGUUGAGGAGCAGGGCUGUUGUCCUGACCAAAGACAGCAGCUUUGGGAUCUCCUGGAGAAACCCAGUUCUUCUAUUGCUGCAAAGGUCCUGGCCAUGGUCUCUAUCCUUUUCAUAGUCAUUUCUACCAUCUCAUUAUCCCUCAACACUCUGCCAGAGCUCCAGGUUGUGGAUGAAUUUGGCCAGUUCAACGACAACCCCAAUCUAGCCCAUGUGGAAGCUGUGUGCAUUGCCUGGUUCACUAUGGAGUACCUGCUUCGCCUGCUGUCAGCACCUAAUAAGUGGAACUUCAUCAAAGCACCACUGAAUAUCAUAGAUUUGUUGGCUAUAUUGCCUUACUAUGUGACCCUCUGCCUAACUGAAUCCAACAAGAGUGUGAUGCAGUUUCAGAAUGUGCGCCGUGUCGUCCAGAUUUUCCGUAUUAUGAGGAUCCUGAGGAUCCUGAAACUGGCUAGGCAUUCAACAGGACUCCAGUCCUUGGGCUUCACAUUGAGACGAAGCUAUAAUGAGCUGGGUUUGCUGAUCCUUUUCUUGGCUAUGGGCAUUAUGAUCUUCUCCAGCUUGGUGUUCUUUGCUGAGAAGGAUGAAGACUCCACUAAAUUCACAAGCAUUCCUGCCUCUUUCUGGUGGGCUACUAUCACAAUGACAACUGUUGGAUAUGGUGACAUCUAUCCACAAACCCUACUGGGCAAAAUUGUGGGAGGGCUUUGCUGUAUAGCAGGUGUGCUAGUCAUUGCACUUCCCAUCCCUAUAAUCGUCAACAACUUCUCUGAAUUCUACCGAGAACAGAAGAGACAAGAAAAGGCCAUUAAGAGAAGGGAAGCGCUUGAAAGAGCUAAAAGAAGUGGAAGCAUUGUUUCUAUUAACUUGAAAGAUGCAUUUGCCCGUAGUAUGGAACUUACAGAUGUGCUGGUGGAAAAAAAAGAAGAAAACAAAUGUCUGGUGGACAACCACCUGUCCCCUAGUCGUUGGAGCUACCACAAACACUACUCCAACACAGAUGUCAGUAGCCCAGCAAAGUCCCAGCAGUUUCAACAGGUCACACAGUGGGACUCCCCUGAAGCACUGAAACCACAGAUGAAUAAAACUCCUCCUCAAUCCUUUGGUGCAAAGCAGCUUGACAGUCCUUACAGCCAGUCAGAGUCCCUACAAGAGCAGCAUGCCAAUCUUAUAGAUAACCAGGCAAAGACAAAUAUUUUGACCUCUAUUCAAACCCAACCAAUUUUACCUAACGUUAGCAAGGGGGAGGAACUUGCUUCUGUGGCUGAUUCUUUGGCUGAAAAAGAAGAAAAAAGCUCUCUGUUACCAAGUGUAGAAAGAGGUCAAUCUAGUCUGAGACACUCUAUCCCUCCCCCCUUGGAUUUAAGUCAAAUCAGCACAAUGGAAGCACAUCGGGGCCCCGACAGUGACCAACCAACUACAAUAAUCAAAGAGGGUUUGUAUGAAUUUUUGUCCAGUGCCCAAACAACUGUGACUGAAGAAAAGACAUUGGUGCCCCAGAGAGAUGAAAGAUUUGUGAAAACCAGUGAAAGAAUUUGCAGCUCUGAACAAGAUUAUAGCAGCCCUCAAACAAUUAGAACCCUAAAUGUUGACUUCAUGGGCUCUGAAGGUGAUGUUCUUACAGCAGUUAUGACACCUAAAACAACCAAAGACUCCACCAGCUCAGCCAAGCUUGAUCAACUACUUUCUGAAGAUGUGUUUUCCAUGCUUUCUACUUCUCCCAGUUCUGGUAUGCAUGACACAACGUCUGUGCUAACAAUACCAAAUUCUCCAGCUCUGUCACAUGAGUCUUCCCGUCCUGUUGGGGAGAGUUCCAUAAUCAGGAGCUUAGGAGGUGAAGGACAGCACACAAGCUUAAGCCAUCAGGGGAAAAAUCACAUGGAAAAGGCUCCUACUGCUGCUGGCUCAUGCAUUAGCGCCAGCUCAGCUAAAGCAAGCCCUCUCAACUGCACCCAGGAGCUAGUAACUAUGGGGGUGGCAGAUGGUGGCAGGGAGGGUAUAGCACAGGGGGUAGAAAACCAAGAAAAUCACAUUGGAAGUUUGACACCACCCUGUGAAACAAGUAUGUGAGCUCAAGAGUAAGCAUAGAUUGAAGCAGAGAGGAAAAAUGCAUGGAUUGAAAAGAAAAACAGAAGGUUUUGACGUUACCAAGACUGUUGGAUGGUUACCUAGCUGAGAUCUCCACCAUGUUGAUACAGACACUGUGAAAGCCCAAACCGAGGAAGCACAAAUAAAGAUGUAAUUUAAAAAAAGAAGUUCUGUUCUGUCCCAAAAGACUUUUUUUGAGUUAUUUUGCGAACACUGCUGUCAGUAAAAAGACAUUACUGAGACCUCAGCUUGGGACUCCAGUAAAACUUUGAGUGCAGGCUCACACGUCAGUGAACCAUUUUAAUGGCCACCAAGUUUGUGUUGCAGGUGUUUAUGCUGUAAGAUUAAAUUGUACGACUGUGAACCGAAAACUGACCAACUGCUAAUUUUGUAAGACUCAGAAGAAAGCAAAAACAAAGCCUUGAGUAAAUGAAGACAUUUGUGACUGUCAUGACUGUUUUGUUUGAGUGCAUUUGUGUCUCUGUUGCCCUGCAAUAGACUGGCGACCUGUCCAGGAUGUACUCCGCCUCUCGCCCAUUGACAGCUGGAGAUAGGCACCAGCACCCCUUGCAACCCCACAAGGAAUAGACGUGUUAGAAAAUGGGUGGAUGGAUGUGUCUCUGUUUGGGGAGGAGUGGCUGAAAUCUCCCUCCUGUUUACUACCCUGCAGUUUUUAUUUAGAAUGGGCAACCUGGAGCUUUAAAAGCUAGAGGACAUUUUUGUUUUGAAUUUGUCCAUACAACUUUUAAAUAUAUCUCCAACAAAUGUAGAACAACAUUCAUCACUUAAUACCACUGUGCAUCUAGCGAAAUGUUCUACAAUUGUUAGAGAGUGAAUAACAUUAAGGACAAAUACAUCUGAAGAAUACAGUAUAUGUGGUUGGGUUUGAUAACCUAUGUUCUGUUUUAUGGAUCCUUCAGUUUUUGUAACUUUUUCUAUCUUUCUUGUUUUGUAUACUCCUGUACUUACAACGGAAGCAGAAUCUUAAUGAUAAAAUAAUGGAAAAGGAAUUUUAAUCAGUCAUGCAACAAUCGCUGUUUCGCACCUUUUUCAAAAAGAAAAUGACCAGAAAGGAUCAACAGAUAAGCAACACUGUGAAUGAACUAUAUAACGGAUCUACAGUCAUAUAUCAGAAAUUAGAAUAUGCAUUCUGAUUAGACCGUUUGUCAGAAUAAAAGUACCUUUUGAAAAUAAAAAACAUUUAAGGAGCUAUUAAAUAUGUUUCAUUAACUCCACAUUACUGUAUCAAAUAUGUUUUUUAUUGGUGGGAUAUAAUAUUCUAAUCUUAUAUGUUGUGCUUCCAUUAGCUGGAAAGGGAAAACAUCAUAAUUUACAGAAAUGAGGGCUUGAAAACAUCAAGUUUGUUUGAAAUGAAUCUACAUAUUUGUGUUUCACUCAGUGGAUUAAAUUAAUUAAAGAAAUUAGCUUUUCUAUAAUAUUCUAAUUUAUUGACUAUGACUGUAUGAAAAGAUUCACAAAGGGUGCAUUUUCAUGGUUGUAAGGAUUGUGUAAUGUACCUUGGUUCUUGUUUUGUAUCUGUCACUUCAUUUAUAUCUGUAAGAAAAUCUCAGACUGCACGUCCAACCUGAAAUGUGGAAACACAUCUUAAAAAAAGGAAGUCCAACUGGUGAAACUGAAACUUUAUGUACAUGUUCCAGUCUAAGGAAUAUCUUGCCACACAAGAAAGUAAAAUGAAAGAAAUCACUCUUCUUGUCUGCAGAACUGCAUUACAGGCUUCUAUUGGCAUUUUAAACACCGCAUUGCUCUCAGGAAAACCCUCUACUGUUCUUAUGUGUGGUUCCAUCACAGAUGUCCUCUUGCAUUACUCUUCUCUUGACAAACACAUUUCUGACCCACUGCCACACCCAGCCAGUUCUUACUUUUUACCUGUCCCUCUGAGGAUUGUGAAGCACUUAAUGAAUAUAAUGGGAUUUCUCCCUUUCUGAGAUUCUAAAGUUUAGAUUUAUUUAUAGGACUAGGUGACCUGAUGUAAAUGGAAAAUAUAAAAGCUUUUAGAGACAGACUAACUGGAGGUACAUGUCAUCAUGCCCAUUUUUAUUAGCACUUCACAGAGACUGAGAACCCUUUUUUACAGAGCUCUCUAAUGGGGAUGAGGGGAGGCAGGCUGGCUUUUCUCCCCACAUUCAAGUGUAAUUGCUUUGAAUAUUUAUUGCAUUUUAGCUGCAGUUUUAAACUCGCAUGUCUCAUGUUCAUUAAGCAAUAGUCAUCUGGCAUUUCAUUGUAAAGUGGUUUUGAAAUCUGCAGAUUUGCUGUGUUCAAAUGUUCUGUUAUUGUGAUGGGCUACACGGUGAUGCUGUUUUUAGCACUCUUUUCUUGCAAAAUGAAGUUCCUAAGUUUAAAUUCCAUCUGGGGUCUUUCUGGAUGCCGUUUGCAUGUUCUCCUUGUGCAUGUUUGGGAUCUCUGCAGGUAUUCCUGCUUCAUCACACAGUCUAAACGUAUGCCUGUUAGGUUGCUUCUCUUAAUUGUCCUGGGAGUUAGCGGGCCUGUUUUUUGUUCUGUAAUGGACAGCAACCUGUCCAGGGUCUACCUGCCUCUUACUCAUUGAGCCCAGCAGAUAUGCAGCAGACCCAGGUAAUCACUAUGUAUAGAUGGAUUAUAUUGCAGCUGAGUGUAUUUGACUCCCUGGAUCUGCUGGUAAAGGUACUAUGCUAUAAAACCAUUGCAUGCAACAAUUAUUAUUAGAAAAUAUGGAUGCAAUUCAUAAGUUAGGUCAAACAGUAAUAAAAAAGAUAUUCUUUUAAA